CGUCGCCCAGGGUGAGUGAGACAUUGAUGCGUGGGAAUUUCCAAUCCGGUCUCCUUACCACCUGCGCACCUAGAUAUUCUUCUUCUUGAUUCAUUUUCAUCCGAUCCUUGCCUCUGUGCAUCCUCUCGCUAAUCUCCAGCAUUCUUUCAACGGUCGUUAUCUACCUAGACAUAUCUGUCAUUUAUUGCUGUCUUACCAGCCUGCACCAGUACUUCCUGCCGAAGCCUCAAUCGAACCAAUACCCCAGAUUCGACAGCCCGUGCACUUUCCAUCAGAAUGAAGGGCUCCGGCCUCUUCUCUUUGCUCUCCACCCUCUUCAUCGUCGUGGCCUUCACAUCAGCAUGGCCAUGGCCUGGUUCAUCCGAUUCCGAUUCCAAUGCACUGGUCCUACGAAGACAAGAGCAAAAAGCAUCCGAAACGGCUGCCCAAACCGCCGCCGCCUCCACAGGUGAUGCAGCAGCGACCACCGCCGCCGCAUCAGAUUCUGCAUCAGAUUCAGCGUCUGCCUCAGCAUCUGCCUCAGAUUCCGAAUCUGCAUCCGCCUCGAUAACAUCUGCGUCAGGGACGGAAGGAUCAGGAUCUAAGAGCGGGACAAAGACAACAGCUACCAAGACGACAGCGAUUGACCCUCGUCUGCCACCUGGCGGGAUUUCCCUUAUAACACCCGCUGCAACCGAUGGGAUUCAAUUUUACAGGGUUGGAGAGAACGUGACUUUCCAAUGGAACUAUACCUCGUUGUCCGUGACACCAUCAGCCAUUGAUGUCCUGGCAUCAUGUUCACUGAACCAAGCCACAUAUACCAUUUCAGCAAACAUGUCCGUAGAACCUACAGGCGCCAUCACUUGGGAUACUGGCAAUUUCCCAGAAGCUAUUACCUCUCCCUUCGCCGUGGCGAGUUACACCCUCAUUGUCCACGAUGCAGCAAGCGACAUUACGGAUGUGCCAUCCGCCGGCUAUCUGGGUGCCUAUAACCAAUAUGUUUUUGGCAUGUACACAGGGCAAGCAUACACCCCCCUGAACGAGUUCAAGUGCGCCACCUGCAACGGCGCAUUUUCUGUCCACGAGAAACAAGUCUUUGGCGUUGUCUUGAUGACUGCUGCCAUUACAGUCAUGUCCUUCACCUGGUUUGCCAAUGGUUUUGGUGUGUUCUCAUGAAAGCAUUUGGAUUUGGUCCAUGUUUGCAUUGAUACAUAAUAUAAUGAACCUAUCGGAUGACAAAUAACGACGAGGCGGAUUGUAUACAGCAUAGCGGAAGGGGAAAAGUCUGGAGUUCUUGGAUGGCGGAUCACCUUCGGAGCGAUUUGAGGGACUUGACGGCAGGCUACAUGAUGGCCUUAAACGGGGAAGGACAACAACUUCCGCUUCGUCUGGAAUUUGGAAUGCCUUGAAAAACGCCAUCGACAAUGGUGAUAUGAACAUACCCUCCCGAUAUGGGAGCAAUCAGACAUCACUCCUAUUCACAUGCAGUCGAGAGGGAAAUCUUUACUGCUAAUAUACCGAUAUCGAACCGGAAGUGACUUUGUCAACGGCUGGCAGCACGAUUUUGAUCACAAUGCAGAUGGCCAGCCAUCGAGCCCGCAUAUCAAGCGUUGCAGCCUCGUGGACGGGUCUUGCCUUGUCUAUUUGUCAAUGACAGCCUCAUUCGGUCUCCCGUCAAUCUCAGAGUGGUCUGCCAGGCCAGGGCUUGCUCGAUACCGCCUUUCAGUGGAGCUCAUUGAGCGAUCCUUGGACGGCGGAAGAGAAAAAGUACUUCCAUUUUGAGCCUCGAGAUGACCAGUCACGCCUCCCCAGGGCUUCAUCUUUGUCACUGAGCCUCACUCUUCGUUUGUGACUUCCGCUAAGUGAUGACAAAAUACUUCGUUCCAGUUCCUCGUUCAUACCAUGAAGGUACCCGUUGUAGAGAGCAGGUGAGAUGGAGAAGUACAAAAAGCUCCUCUUGUGCUCCCUCUUCUUGUACUCUGAACAAGCCAUCCACCAAAUUCUCCUUCCU